AAACUUAGACGUCGCUUAGACAUUCUAAUUAAGUCAACAUCAUGGCCAGAGGACGAGAAGGAAGAAAUUCGUUGCGGCAUGUCGUUAGCUUCAAUGUCGCCAGAGCACAGUGAAGACGACGAACGGCCGGCCACCCAAGACAAUGCCUCUUCUUCGGAUUCCGAAGAAGCUGGCCAAGUGGCAAAGAAAAUAAUAAAAAUAAAAAGAUUAUCCUGGAGGAGUGAUAGAUUCUCAAACAUUUUGGAUUCUCUGGACAACAAGCACCUCAGAAAGGUGACAGAAAAAUCCAGAUCAAUGAUGAAGGAGCGGAUUUUUGGAGAAACUAUAACAGUCGAGGCUCCAGAGAACAUCCCGGAUUGGAGGGAAAUUGGAGAACAUUAA